AUGUCUAAUCCCAAAGACUAUUAUGUCGGGUGGAUCUGUGCGAUAACAACGGAGUAUGUUGCUGCACAGUCUUUCCUUGACGAAGAGCAUGAAGGACCAGAAUAUGUAUCAGCUAAUGAUAAUAACGACUAUACACUGGGUAAAGUAGGGAAGCACAAUGUGGUGAUAGUAGUGUUACCCGAUGGAGAGUAUGGAAUAUCAUCUGCAACAAGCGUUGCUAGAGAUAUGCUUCACAGUUUUCCUAAUAUUCGAAUUGGUUUAAUGGUAGGAAUCGGUGGUGGUGCGCCAAGCAAGAAACAUGAUAUCCGCUUAGGCGAUAUCGUCAUUAGUGCCCCCAGGGAUGAGAAAGGUGGUGUAUUUCAGUAUGACUUUGGAAAAACAGUCCAACAACAAAGUUUUCAACACAUAGGAUUCUUAAACCAGCCACCAAUGGUACUAAGGACCGCCGUAAGCGGACUUAGGUCUCAGUACGAGCUAAAAGGACAUCAGCUUGAUCUUACUAUUAGCAAAAUCCUAGAGAAUAGGAAAAGACUAAAGCGCAAAUACAGCCGGCCGCCAUCAAGCACCGACCUUCUAUAUCGGGCCGAUAUUAUUCAUCCCAUAGGAGAUGAAACAAGCUGUACGAUACUCUGUGGUGAUAGUCUGCCAAACCUGAUACUCCGACCUGAGAGAACUGAGGAUGAUGAUAUUCCAUCUAUCCACUAUGGGCUAAUUGCAUCAGCUAAUCAGCUAAUGAAGGAUGCAUUAAUUCGGGAUACACUUAUAUUAGAAAAAGAUAUUCUUUGCUUCGAGAUGGAGGCGGCGGGGUUGAUGAAUCACUUUCCUUGUUUAGUGAUUCGUGGUAUAUGCGACUAUUCAGAUUCUCACAAGAACAAGGCUUGGCAAGGAUAUGCAGCAAUGGCGGCGGCUGCAUAUGCAAAAGACCUCCUAUAUCGAAUCCCUCCCAACAAAAUUGAGGCUGAGAAGAGAAUUGGAGAGAUUCUAUCCGAUGUAAAAGAACAAAUUGUCGAUAUGUCACGGAACAUUACCAAGAUCGUUCAGAAGCAACUAGAUCAAGAACUUCAAGCUAUCAUAGACUGGAUUACUCCAAUUGAUUAUUCUUCUCAGCAAAAUGACUUCAUUGAGAGCCGUCAGCCAGGAACCGGAGAAUGGUUGCUAAAUUCGAAAGAAUUCCAGAAUUGGAUUAACCAGAAAAAGCAAACCUUGUUCUGCCCCGGAAUUCCAGGGGCUGGAAAGACGAUAGCCACCUCUAUUGCGGUUAGCUAUCUUCAUGAGAAAUUCCAGGAAAAAUGCGACAUCGGAAUUGCAUACCUCUACCUAAACUUCCGCCGCCAGUCAGAGCAGGAACCCAUGCAUAUUCUAUCAAGCCUUUUGAGGCAGCUUUCCCGGAUGGAUUCUACGGUACACGGCAGUGUACAACAGCUAUAUAAAAAACACAAUCCAAAGGAAGGGGAAAGCCGGCCAACUUUGAAAAUGUCACCAACCCGGCCUUCACUUGAAGAAAUCGUAAAUGCAUUGAAACAGACUAUUGCUAGUUAUUCGAGAGCAUACAUAAUCAUCGACGCUCUGGAUGAAUGCACAGAUUCCAAUCUACACCGCUCUAACUUUAUGUCUGAGAUAUUUGGUCUUCAAACUAGGCUGGGCACAAAUUUAUUUUUCACGUCUCGGCCCAUCCCCCAAAUUAAGAAAUAUUUCGAAAACAGAGAGUAUAGGACGCUCGAGAUCCGCGCUACCGAUAAAGACAUGCGGCAAUACUUAGAUACCAAUAUGCCACAAUUGCCGUCAUUCAUCUUCAGGGCUACCGGUCUUGAAGAAAAAAUAAAGCUGUCCAUUAUCGAAGCAUCUAAGGGGAUGUUUCUUCUCACUAGACUCCAUCUCGAUUCCCUGCGAGACAAAACAAGCGUCUGGCAAGUUGAAGAUACACUAGAAAGGCUUCCUAAGGGAUCGGAUGCUUAUGAACAAGCGUACACCGGAGCUAUGGAGAGAAUUCAGAGCCAAAAAAGAGGUUUUUGUGACCUUGCCAACCGAGUUCUUUUUUGGAUCACCUGUUCUGGACGGCCUCUAUCAACCUUGGAGCUGCAGCACGCACUGGCAGUUGUGGAUGGUUCCUCUGCCCUAAAUCCACACAACCUGACUGAGAUUGGACUUAUGGUCUCUGUAUGCGCCGGGUUAGUAGAGGUUGAUGAGCACAGUGAUAUCAUCCGCCUAGUCCAUUAUACGGUGCAAGAAUACUAUGAGCGGACCUGUGGCACAUGGUUUCCUACUGCUCAGACUGAUAUUGCGAAAACAUGUAUCACAUACCUGUCGUUCGAUAUCUUUAAAGCGGGUGCCAACCCGACUGAUGAACUCUUUGAGGCAGGAUCGCAGUCAAAUAUUCUAUAUGACUAUGCCGCGUGCAACUGGGGGCACCAUGUGCGC